UAUGGUUAACGUAAGGAAUAUCACGGUUUACAUGUAUAACUAGUAAAACUUAGAGAUUCUGUCAGCAGGUACAGACACUCUUACUGCCAUAUUAAAAUAAAUUUCACUUGUUCUGCUUAAUGAAUUAUCAUUUUCAUAAUGAAAAGUAAUUAGUCUAUAUUUAAAAGUAUUUUUACGAACCCCAUCGGCCAUUCCCAUUUGCUAUCGAGCAAAAUAUAUUUUGCAAAUUAACCCAACCCCCCGAUUUUUAUGAUUUAUGGUGGUUAAAUGCUAUGAUUAAAAAUGCUUUGAAGAAAUUUCUAAAUCUAGCAGCAGAAUUGUAAAUCAUGUGGGUGAAAAAGUUUUUCUCCGUAUUCUGCUGUGCCUCGGAAGUUAUAAAUAGAACAGGUGCUUUCCAAUAUAUGACAUCAUGGAAAGGUCGUUCCUUUCGGGUCUCUCUGGAUUUUUCCAUAACGAGAUAACUCUUGACGUCAUGUAAAAAUAUUAAAUGGUGGCGAAAACAGGAACUUAAAGAAGCAUUAUUGUUUUUUACCAAGCAUGUAGACCCAGAGAGUCAUGUGGAGGUGGAUAUGUGGGAUUCCAAGAGCGUUACGGCAGCACCUGCAUAAUCCGCGACUUUCCACCACUGCCUGUCUAGAUGAAGAAAAGAACAAGAAAGACCAAACCAGAUUUUGUCAUGCAACCAGCAGACAAAACAAUUUCCAUGGUAAACAGAAAGAUGACCAUGAAGAUGACAGGGAGUGGUGGAAAAACAAACCACGGUGGAAUAGUUUUACAUCCUCGGACACUUUAGGAGUUUUGGGAUUGGGUGCAAUUGUUUACCUUAGCCUUCAGAUUUCAAGAUGUCACCAAAAAGUGAGAGAGAGAAAGGAGAAGCCUGUUUAUGCCAGGAAUUGUUUGCUCUCACAAAUUUCCCAGAUAGCAUAUUGUCUGCCAUCAACCGUCAGAAGAUUUGGCGAUCAGGGAGGAAGGCUGCAGGACAGUGGAAAGAUUCCAGUAGAAAGGGUAGGUCCUGGAAACAAAGAGGAUCCAUUGGAAAAAGUAUUGAAUGAGUUUGAAAAUGUAGUGCAGAAGUAUGUGGCUGUAGCUAAAAACAUUCAAGCUCAGCGUAAAGCAAAGACAGGGGAGAUGACUGAGGCAGUCAGCAUGUGGGAAGAGGCCAGCGAUAUGGGAUACUCCCGAUCCCAGUUCAACCUUGGCCUCAGCUAUGAAACAGGUCAUGGAGUCACAAAGGAUGCUAGGAAGGCUGCUAAGUAUUACAAGUUAGCUGCAGCUGAGAACCAUGCCCAGGCUAUGUAUAACCUUGCCCUUAUGUACCAGGAAGGGGAGGGGAUAUCACAGAAUACAGACAAAGCUACCAGUCUGAUGGAGAAAGCAGCGGAUCUUGGACUGGCUCAGGCCCAAACAUACCUUGGGGUGCAUUAUACAGAACCUGACUGUCAGAACUUCAACAAGGCUGUGUCACUUUUCAGUGAGGCUGCAAAACAAGAGCAUCCUGAGGCACAGUACUUCCUGGGAAUUUGCUAUGAGCAGGGCUGGGGAGUAGAGGUAAAUGAGUGCAAGGCAGCCCACCUGUACUCACAAGCAGCCCAGUCUGGGCAUGAUGGAGCUCUGUAUAAUCUGGCCGUGUUUCAUGAACAUGGAAUAGGAGGAUUACCUGAGGAUUUAAUAUCAGCAGAGGAGCUAUACCGAAAAUCUGCAAACCUUGGUAAUGAAAUGGCAGGAGAAAAAGUCUUGGAAAUUGAUGCCAAGAGGGUGGUUAAACCAUGGAAGGGGAACUAUCCAAGCUGUAAAAUGGACGAAUUCCUGUAUGAUAUAGGUAUAUACCAGUUCCGUGAUAGCCAAAAUGACAGUGCCAGUGUAUCUCCUGGAAGAGAGGACAGAAAGUUUAUACUUCAAAGUGAACAGAAAACAGAUUUAAAGGGAAAUACCUCCAAGAUCUCUCUCCACUCGUCUUCCUCUUCUCCGUCUCUAUCGGAGUAUGUUCGCCAGCACUUCUCACAGCUACAGAUUGGGGCGGUUCCUGUCUCUGAUCUUCUGCCACUACUUUCCACUCACGAGUCGGGAGAAGUGUGGCAUCCUCAGUUUGGGAGCCCCAAAAUCACCUCCCCUGUCUCUCCCUCCGUGUUGUUCACACUGGGAGAUGAGGAUGAGGAGCUGAUGGCCGUUAACAGAUUGAACCUUGCUGUUCGUCAGACGGACAUACAGUUCCAGAUCCCAGAAAAGAACCAUCACCAUUUCUGCUCGAUGAUACAGAGGAACUCCACCAUGCCAGAUCUACAAAGUCAGGCAGUGUCCUGUGUUUGAUUAUUUCCUUCUUAUUAAUAUGUUUUUAUAAGGCAUUCUCAUUUGAAGGUACAAUGUAAUAUGGCAUAUAGUAUGAUUUUGUCCGAUUUAAAUGCACAUUUAAGUACUGUAGCUUAUAAAAAAUGACAAAAUUAUAGAAUACAGAACCAUUGAUAUUUUUGGUUGUGUUUAACAAUUUUUGCAUUUUAGAACUGUGCACAUUGCAAAUACUUGAGAAAUUCACGACAUGAUAGUAAAUGGUCCAUUAAAAUGCCAAGGGUUUUUCUUUUACAUGUGUCUCCUAUCUUAACAUUUCUCUUGUACUUUUCAGCUAGGAUUUACAAUUUCCUUUACAAAUUUUGUUUAGGGCUAGUUUCUACACUAUGACAGUGUAUCGAAGAAACAAAUGUGCAUGUAAUGUAAGAAUUUGAGAUGUUUGCGAAAGUUCCAGUGUAGCAUUUAUAAACUCCUUUGUUGACAGCUUCAUUAUUACAAAAGUCCUAUGAUAUUGAUAUUUUUAAUACUUUUUAUUUGUGUUUGAUAUUGAUUUAUUUUAAUUCAUCAGUUUGGAUAAGAUAUUCUCGAUUGUGAUUUUGAAUUCCAGCACAACAGAUUUUAUCAAUCAUAAGUUACAGUUCAGGUUUGAUUUAUUGUAUGUACAAGAUUGUUCUUCACAAAUUUCAACUCGUUCUUCAUUUUACAAAUAUCAUUACGUAAUACUCACAUUUUCUUUGAGGAAUGUUUAUGCAGUUUAAGUAGGUGUUCUGAGCCUCACAGAAUUUUGAUGGUGUUUUUAAUACAUUUGUGUUCAUUCAUUUAUUUUGUUUCCUCUUAGGUGGAAUUUAUUUGGUAAAGUGCUACAUAUCUUAUUCUACUUCAUACUAAUUGUGCUCCAUGCCAGCACACUAAACUCACCCAGCAAUGUCCUGACAUUAAUCAGAGCUUUGUUAACACUUGUUAUUGUUUACAGUCGUAUUUCUACACACAGUUUGAAAAUAAACAUGUCAUUGGUGUGUA